AGUAAAUAUAGAAGAAUGAUUCACAUUUAAAUUUUAUUUCGAAAUUUUUGUUUCUAAAAUUGCUUCUUAAUAUUUCUUAGUUCACUCAACGUCUGUCAAUCUCCUUUGCUGGUAACAUGUCAUCCUAACAUUCCGUCGUGCGACUCGUAACGGUGUGGACGCGUAUUGUGACUUUAGUUGGAUAUUCCCCAUUUUUAUUUGUGAUUGGCUACUUGGCGUUGGCGACAUUUCUCACUUCCUCCUACAGUGUUUAAAUGGACUAAUCCCGCCUAUUGGGACGGACUAGAAGGAGACGAAACUAAUUCUGUAUGUCACAUCAUUAGUGACCCCACCCAGAAUCGAACCCGGGACUCCGUGAUUCGCAGUCAGGGCACUCUGCGCCGCGCUACCGAGAAAAAAUGGAACCAAGAGCACGAGCUAGUGGCCAACAAUUCAAGACCCUUUUGGAGUUUAUGGAAAGUCAUGGUGACAUCACCCGAAUUCAACCGGAUGAUCAGGGACGAGUAAGAGUGUAUCGUUUGUGGCGAAAAGCGACGAACAUAUUGAAUUCUGUUGCUGGUGGUGUUCAGAAGACUCCUGACAAAUGGAAAAAAGUGUGGGCGGAUUGGAAAUCUAAGACAAAAAAGAAAGCUCUUACAAUACAUCGUCACCGAAACGAGAAUAAAAGCGUUGGUCCAAGAUCCAAACUUUUUCUGACUGAUUUUGAGGAACGGUUGCUGGUGAUUAUGGGUGCAGUAUCAGCUGAAGGUCAAUACAGUGUUGAUGAUCAACAAUAUAAUAGUUCAUCACUGAUCAACAUUAGGAGGCAAAUUCCGGACGAUGAGGGGUCGCAAUCAUCACCUAUACCGUCACCGGAGCAUAUAACCCCAAACACGCCUCCAUCCGUCAGCCGUGAGCAAGCCCAGCAAUCCACGAGUCGUGACCAGGCCCAGUCAUACUCAGAUCACGAGCAGUCUCAGCAAUUCUACAGCCAGGAGCAGGUAUACGAUCAUACCAACGAUCCUACCGUUACCACAAGAUCGAUGACAAACAGACGAGGGCAAACAUUGGCUAACUCAGUGCCUCGCCUGAUGACAAGACCUCGUCGAAGAGUAGUGCAGAUUCCCUUCGACCGAAGUACUAGCGAAUUUUUAAACAUAGAAAAGCGACGCCUCGCGUUAGAAGAGGUACGCGAGAGGAACAACUCACGAAGGAUUGACGUUGACAUUGAGCGAAAUAAAAUAUUGUCCCGUUUUGCAGAUCUAGCUACAACACUACUGCAACACUAUUUAGGUAAGGAUAACACGGAAUGCCCAAUUAAAACUGAGUAGUGUUCGUACAUUACAGCGUACCCCAAAUCCAUUCCACAGAACAUUUUUUAGACGUUCAUGCGGAUCUACAUACAGUCAGUUCGCAUUCUUUUGAUUUGGAUUUAAAAUCCGUCCUUGUCUUACGCGAAAAUCAAACCAAGCAAUCUUCAUCUUUUGCUAUAUUUGUAAUUAAACAGCUUUUCUGUUUUCGACAGAACGAACGCUCAGUAUUUUCUUGCUCGGCUCGAUUGCAACCGUUUCCUUUACUUACUGAACAAAAUUGAGACUUUGGAUUUUUAAUUUCUCUUUGGCCUUAAAUUUAUUGUGUUAUCCCUCGUGUAGUGCAAGUUGUCGCGACCACUCAAAGAACAUUAAUUUUUCCUUUGCCAUUUUCUAGUCUUCUCUACGACGAGUGCCUGUCCUCUUUUAGAUGCAGUAACGCUUCCAAUUUAUUAUACCUUACGUCGAAGCAAUCCUUUCAAUCUUUCUCCACCUACCACAUAUUGAAAGUUAUUAAUAUGUUCUAAUCUGUUCGGGUUACUAUGGGGUCUUACUAUGUUUCACAGCCAUUCAUGUACAAUAAGUUGUAGUGAACACAGUGUAUAAUAUAAAAAUGUUAUUAAAGCGUUCUAAUACGUAUUGAUGGUA